AUGGAGGUAUUAGGAAAAUCUAGCUCGGCCAAUGUCAUUUACUUGUCUGCGAUUCUAGGUCGCAGCGGCGAUUGCGAUGAGUCUCACAAAUGUGACUGGAAAUGUGAGAACGAGCUUGUUUUCGGGAACAUGUACCGUUGCAAACUUACUGGUCUCACUCACGUCUGUGACAACAACUGUAACCAGAGGAUCCUCUAUGAUAACCACACUUCCCUGUGCCGAGCGAGCGGGCGGGUUUUCCCUCUCUCGCCUGCUGAGGAGCAGGCGGUGAGAGGUGUGAGGAGGAAGCUUGAUUGUGAGAGUCUUCCUCCUUCGGAGAGCUGUUCGUUUAAGCGUCGUCGUCGUGAGCACGCUUCUCCGUUUGAGAGGUCUUUCACUGCUGUGAGUCCUAUCUGCAGCCCUGCUGGAGAUGGGAUGGACUUGAGUUAG